UGCUCCCAUCUCAGCCUAAAGCCACCAGGUAAGAUCAUGACAUCUAAGACUGAUAAUCCUCCACCCUACGAGGAUGCAUUGCACCAGCCUAAGUAUGGAAACUACCCGCUUCAGCCACAACAUGGCUCCCCUCUUCCACCACCUCCAUCUUACAGCCCCAGUCCGGGCAUGUGCCCCGGCCCGCCUGGCUACUGGGGCCAGGAGGGCGUCUACCCGCAAGCUGGGAUGUGGGCAGCCCCUGGCUUCUCUCCGGCUGGGAUACCCAACACAAUACCGACUCUAUCUGCUGGAGUGCCUGCAGCCAAUCAAGGAGACAUGGAGGAUUUUCUGAGCACCCAGUGGGAAAGCACAGCUAUUCGGCACGCCUUCAUUAAAAAGGUUUACUUAAUUUUAACAGCACAGCUUGCCGUCACCUUCUCAGUUGUUGGAGUCUUUACAUUUGUUGACACAGUGAGGCAGUUUGUCAUCAGAUACCCUGGCAUCUACUGGGCCUCUCUUGUGGUUUAUUUUGUGGUUUACUGCAUUCUCAUCUGCUGCAAGGAGCCAAGGAGGCGUUUCCCAUGGAAUCUUGUGCUGCUGGGAGUAUUUACACUUGCCUUGUCUUACAUGACUGGAACAAUUUCAAGCUAUUAUGAAACAAAGGCGGUGUUUAUCGCCAUGGGAAUAACAGCAUUAGUUUGUAUAGCUGUCACAAUCUUCUGCUUCCAAACCAAGGUGGACUUCACUUCCUGCGGCGGAUUUCUCUGCAUUGCCUCCGUCGUACUCAUGAUCAUUGGGAUUGUUACGGCCGUCGUCCUCUCCUUCCAAUAUGUCCCUUGGCUGCAUAUGCUGUACGCUGCAAUUGGAGCCAUCCUUUACACUCUGUUUUUAGUAUACAACACCCAGCUUCUCAUUGGAAAUCGGGAGUUGGCCAUCAGCCCAGAGGAGUACAUCUACGCCGCGCUCUCUCUCUACAUUGACGUUGUUCACAUCUUCCUCUUCAUCCUUCAAGUCAGUGGAGCUGCUACUGAAUAGCCCGUGGUUAGAGCACAUCGAUAGGUUUGGACAUGUACAUAAGUGUGUCAGUCAGUAUGUUUCACUACCAGCUAUAUGUUGCAAUUCCAAACUAUUAACUUAACUAUAUAUACACAUUUAUUUUUUACAUCAGUAACACUUGAGCACUUUGAGAUAUUCUUGCACUGUAAGAGGCAGGGUAGUGAAUUAAGCCUUUAACUUA